ACUGGGUGGACAGGAGCCGUGCCAGUGUGCAUUGAGCCGGCGUGAGGUGAGGAGUGUCGCCGCACUGUCCUCCAUCGGUCACUUACUCACGGUGUCUGUCGCAGCUCAGGUUGUGUUUACCUGCGCCCCGUCAACAACAUGGCGACCCAGACUCUCCUGUUCCUCGCGGCUGUGGCAACGAUGGCAACUUGUGAAAGAGACGAGACCAGGCACUUGUCCCCCUCGAGCUCCUCCUUCACCCUUGGGACACCUCGCUCUCUGGUCCUUGCGGCGCCCUCCAUGCACCCCCCUGCCCCCCCUGCGCCUCCUCCUCCCGUCCACCCACGAGCGGCGUCCGGGAAAAAGUGGCUUCCUCUCUCCCAACUUCCAACUUCCUCCGUGCCUUCUUUCGCUCCAUUAUUGCUUUCUCGGCCUUCUCCUCCUUCAUCAUAUCUUGCUACACACUCUUCCUCAUUCUCCUCUUCCUCCUCCUUCUCCCCCUCCUCCUCUUCUUCUCUCGAUAAACCUUCGUCUUUCUCUAACACUCCUGAGGCGAUGAAUGUUUUUCCACACUUCUCUACAUCUUUGCCUCUCUCCUCUUCCUCCACCUCCAACUAUGUCAUCACCCAAGAGCAAGACAAUACCACCAUUAACAACUCCACCAACGACACCUCCAACGACACCACCGACGCCCUGCCCGAGGAGCCGCGUCGUCCGCAUCUCGCCCACACCUCCACGGCCACGCAUGUCCACCUGGGCGACACCGCGAAGCUUGACUGCCUGGUGCUCGACGCUGCUAAUGAGUCGGUGUCGUGGCUGCGGCGUGAGGAUGACCUGCUGGAGCUUCUCACCUGGGCGGACAACACCUACACUAACGACAACAGGUUCUCCGUGGUGCAGGAGGCGGGGGAGGCGUGGAGGCUGUGGCGACUGGAGAUACGAGACGCCAACCCGGGGGACCAAGGGGACUACAGGUGCCAGGUAGCGACCCACCCGCCCCUCCUGCUGGACACCUCUCUCACGGUGGAGGUUCCGGUGGCGCGCGUGGUGGACGAGCGCGGAGACCAGGUGGAGGAGAAGCACUACAACAGCGGCAGCAUGAUCGAGCUCAAGUGCAUUGUGGAGCAGGUGCCCUUCCCCCACGGCCCCGUCACCUGGCGCAGGGGGCCCACCGUGCUCUCCUUCAACACCUCCAGGGGCGGCAUCAGCGUGAGGGGAGAGCCACACUGGGGGUUCGUCAGGAGCAGACUCUACGUUGCAAGAGCACAACCCACAGACUCCGGCCGCUACUCCUGCUGCUACGCGAACACUACCUGCGAUGCUGUGGCCGUACACGUGAUUGCAGGUGAAAACUCCGCGGCAAUGCAACACGACGCCACCCCAGAGACCCCUAGCAGCAGUUCUUCCCCAGCCUCACACCCCUCACACCCUCACAGCCUGCACCUCAUCCUCGUCACCUGUCUGCUCACCUGCCCCGUCACCUGGAGGGCCACGUGACACCUAUCCGCCCUCCGUAGCGCCUAGAGCUUGAUAUUAUACUACUGUCACACAUGUAUUUUUGAUGAUGUUUCGUGUUCAUAUGAGUAUCUUAAUAUAUUCGAUUGUG